AUGUCGAACAGUGAUUUUCCGACCACACGGAAUCAACAAACGACGACGUUUCGUGUAGAUUCUAUCGCAUUGCCUUCAAGAUAUUCUGAUCAUCAGUCUCCUCAAUCAUCUCCAGGCUCAUCUUCUUCCCCUUCUCCGACGCCGAGACCUUCUCUCGCCUCCAGUGGAUCACCGGCGAGAAGAAUGGCGACUGGAUUAUCCGGCCGGCACUCAUUUUACAGGGGAAUUCGACUGCGGAAUGGAAAAUGGGUAUCGGAGAUUCGAGAGCCGCGUAAAACGACAAGAAUUUGGCUCGGGACUUAUCCAGUGCCGGAGAUGGCUGCCGCCGCUUACGACGUGGCGGCGCUAGCUCUUAAAGGCUCCGACGCCGUUUUGAAUUUUCCCGGUUUGGCUUUGACUUAUGUAGCUCCGGCUUCAAACUCUGCCGCGGAUAUAAGAGCUGCCGCCGCGAGAGCCGCGGAGAUGAAGCAACCGGAUCCGGGUGGAGCUGAGCGUGUAGUGGAUCCGAGUCAACCCGGUAAGGAGGAGGAGGAAAAAGCGAUGUUUGAGUUUAUGGACGAGGAAGCGAUGUUGAAUAUGCCGAAUUUGUUGUCAGAGAUGGCGGAGGGGAUGCUGAUGAGUCCACCGAGGAUGACAAAUCAGACGAUGGAUGAUCCGCCGGAGAAUCACGAAGGAGACAGUCUCUGGAGUUACAAAUGA